AUGGCGAAUUUCAACGACGAAGAUGCAAUUUCAGUCCCGGAGAACACGCCUUCGAAGCAUGAUUAUACGACUUCAUGGAUGGAGAUACCGCUCACUCUAGGUACCAAGAACGUCGACAACCCUGAUAACGAGGAUGCCGUCUCCUUCAUUGCGGAGAAGCCUGGUAUGGAAGAAGCUGGAAACGAGGCGUCCGACCUCUUACGAGCACAGAAAGACAGAAAGAAGGAAAAGAGACGAGCAAAGAAGGUCGCCAGAGGGAGGAAUACGAGGCCUGCGAGGAUCAAAUCAAGAAAGGAAUUGGCCAAGUGA